AUGGCGGCGGCGUGGGUCCCGUGGACGCUGCUGCUGGCGCUGCUGCCCUCCAGCGCGACGGAGCUGCUCAAGGACGAGGCGGAGCGCCAGCGGCUGCGCGAGGAGCUGGCGCGCAUGGCCAAAGUCUACUCGAAGCUGCUGCUGCUCUGGGCGCUGCGGGCCGCGCAGGUGUUCGCCGGCAUCUCGUUCCUCUUCGCCACGGCCACGCUGCUCUACGCCGCGCUCUACCACCUGGUGAUCCCCUCGCGGUUCCACGAGCAGGAGCACGCGGAGCGAUUCGUGGGCGAGCCGAACUCUGCAGCGCUGCCGGCGGCGUCGCUGAACCUGCUAGACCCCGUGCACCAGUGGCAGGCAAUGGUGCCGCAGCCCGAGCAGCAGCAGCAGAAGACGCAGGCGGCGCUGGUGCCCGGAGUCAAGUACGACGUCAUCGUGGAGCUGACGGUGCCCGAGACGCGCGUGAACGCGGAGCUGGGCGUGUUCAUGGUCUCGACGUCGCUCUACGAGGGCGACAAGAGGCAGUUGGCGGCCAGUGCGAGACCCGUGACGCUACACGACAUGCCGGCGCCCGUGCGCUGGCUGAAGCUCGGCUUCUGGCUCGUGCCGUACGCGUUGGGCUUCUCGGAGCCGGCGCAGACGCUAAGGGUGACGGCGAUCAACGGGUACCAGGAGAGCACGGAGUUCCCGCUCACGCGCGUGGAUAUCGAGCUGAAUACUGCCAAGCUGCAGGUGUACUCGGCCAAGCUCACGGUCAUUGCGCAGUUGACGGGCGUGCGGUAUCUGAUGUACCAUUGGGCCGUGCCGACCGCGAUUUUGUUCAUCCUGAACAUUGUCUUCUUGGAGGCGCUGGCGAUCGUGAUCCUGUACGCGGUGUACGCGCUCCCACAGCUUGACGAGGAAGCGGCGGCGGACAUCGCCGUGCUGGAGGCCGCAGCGGCGGAUGCGCGGGAUAAGGCUCAGAAGCUUUUUGAGACGGGGGAGUUGACGGAGACCGAGGGGAGCGCUCACGUGAAGAGCGAGACGCUGUUCGACGAGGUGUCGUUUACCUCGUCACCAGUGCUGGAGGAGGCUGCUGAAGAUAUCAAGGACGAGGCGACGGAAGUGAAGCAAGAGCCUACGGUUUCUUCGCCCUAA